CGAACGCAGGCCACCAGAGACAGCGACGGCGCUGGCUAAGGAGCCGCGCGAAGUGGUCGUACAGGUAAAUACCGUCGGAAGGCUCUCUCUUGAAGUCUCUUCCGAUCAUGAAGACGUGGGGGAACCGGCGGGUGCUACGCUGCGUGGGCGUGAACGGCAAGGGCGAGGGAGAUGGCAGCGGCGGUAGCGACAGCGCUGGCGGACAACGAUUCUCAGAGACAGAGGGGAUUGGAUCCGAUGAUCCAGAGGGAGGCAGUGGCGACAGUAGUAGCGCGAUCGACGAGGUGAGGGAGAAGUUGUUGGUUCACCUCCGGGAAGCGGCGGACCGGAUCAAGCUGAUAGUUCAGGAAACGCCAGCGCUACCACCCCCUCCGUCCAGAGGCGAUGAGCCAAGGGCAGAAGCAGUUCGGGCGGAGGAGGCCGAAGCGGAGCCGUCGUCAUCCGCGCCCCCGACGUGGCCAUGGAAGCUGCGGACGAGGCGAAGGGGGGCUAGGGUUCGGGCGAUGUUUGGGCAGCGAGCGAGCGGAUCGCUGGCUGUUGCGGGCGAGAAAAGAGCGGCGCGGCCGAGGUCAAGCGCCCCGCAGCGGGGCGAACGGUCCGAUUUCUCAAUAACCCUUACGAGGGAGGAGAUCGACGAGGACAUCUACGCGGUAACGGGCUACAGAGCACGCCGCCGGCCUCGAAGGCGGCCCCGUGUCGUCCAGAAGCAGCUCGAUGUGAGCCCUCACCCAGUCACCCGGUCACCCGCUGCUGUUCCCUGGUUCAUGGCUGUCGGAGAUCACCUACGACUCUUACAAGGUUACCGAUUAGAAGCACAGCCGCGCCGACGGCUCAAUAUAUCUGGGAAAGAAACCAUAUUUCUUCUCAUCUGCCAUCGCCAUUGAUACAGCUUCUCCGAUCACUUCGGUAAGAGCGCUUUUCCACACACGUUCCUUUCCUUUUGCCUUUUAACUUCCCGUUAAUUUAUGGUUUAUUUAGAUUUUCGGCUGUUGUCGUUGCCUCGUCGAUAUAAUUGAAGUAAACAUCCAUUAAAAAAAAAAGUUCUAGCUUUUCAUAAUGCGUGCUUGUAUUCUAGUAGACUCCAAUGAACUUGAUCUGCUGUAACAUUGAAAAUUGUUUGCAUGCACAUGCUUCCCAUUCAUUCCCACGA